AUGAAAAAGGUCUUGAUUACAGGUGCCUCCGGUUUAUUAGGGCGAGCCAUUAAGAGAGAAUUUGAUAAUGAUGCUACAUGGAAAGUUUUAGGGCUUGCUUACAGCAGGGCCGGCGGUGAUUUACGAAGAGUCGAUUUAUCUGAUGUUAACGCAGUUAAAGAGGUGGUCCGUGAAUUCCAACCUGAUGUAAUUGUUCAUGCUGCUGCAGAACGACGACCUGAUAUUGUUGAUAAAAAAACUGACGUUGCUCGACAAUUGAAUGUCGAUGUCAGUCGAAAUUUAGCUUUGAUUGCUAAAACUUUCAAUUGCUUUAUCCUCUACGUAAGUACAGAUUAUGUUUUUGAUGGUUGUAACCCUCCGUAUCAGCCUGCGGACCAACCAGCCCCGCUCAAUACUUACGGAAUGUUGAAGUGGCAAGGUGAAAAAGCAGUUUUAGAAACGUAUCCCAAACGGAGUGGGAUAUUGCGCUUACCGAUACUUUAUGGUGAAGUAGAAUACCUUGAAGAAAGUGCAGUUACAGUUUUAUUGAAAGCAAUUCAAAAUGGAAAUAAACCGGGUGAAAUGUCGGAUUACGAGAAACGUUACCCAACUUAUGUAGGAGAUGUAGCUGUAGUUAUCCGACAAAUUUCGGAUAAAACUUUACAGGAUGAAAAUUUUUAUGGAAUUUGGCAUUGGAGUGGCUUGGAAGAAUUAACUAAAUAUCAGAUGGCACUUAAAAUUGCUAAGGCCUUUAAUAUAGAUUAUAAACAUUUAGUAGCAGUCAACAAACCAUCUCCUGGAGCUAAGCGACCUUAUAAUAGUCAUCUCGAUAUUUCUACGUUGACUCAGCUUAAUUUUGGGCAACAAACUAGUUUCCAAGACGGUAUUAUGAUUUCGUUGUCGAAAUUUAUAUCAUAA